AUGGAGGAGAUUACCAAUGUGAUGGAGUAUGAAGCUAUUGCUAAGAAGAAGUUGCCUAAGAAUGCGUUUGAUUACUAUGCAUCGGGUGCGGAGGACCAGUGGACUCUGGCUGAAAAUAGGAAUGCCUUCUCAAGAAUUCUGUUUAGGCCCCGUAUUCUUAUUGAUGUGAGCAAAAUUGACAUGAGCACCACAGUGCUAGGCUUCAAGAUUUCCAUGCCAAUCAUGAUUGCACCAACAGCCUUUCAGAAAAUGGCUCAUCCUGAAGGAGAAUAUGCUACUGCACGAGCUGCAUCAGCAGCUGGAACAAUUAUGACAUUGUCAUCAUGGGCUACAUCCAGUGUUGAGGAGGUGGCUUCAACUGGACCAGGCAUCCGCUUUUUCCAGCUUUAUGUUUACAAGGACAGGAAUGUUGUUGCUCAACUUGUUAGAAGAGCUGAAAGGGCAGGAUUCAAGGCUAUAGCUCUUACCGUUGACACCCCAAGGUUGGGGCGUAGGGAAGCUGAUAUUAAGAACAGGUUUACUCUGCCACCAUUUCUGACUUUGAAAAACUUUGAAGGAUUGGACCUUGGCAAGAUGGAUAAAGCUGAUGAUUCUGGAUUAGCCUCCUAUGUCGCUGGUCAAAUUGAUCGUACUUUGAGUUGGAAGGAUGUUCAGUGGCUCCAGACAAUCACUUCAUUGCCGAUCUUGGUGAAGGGUGUGCUUACUGCUGAGGAUGCAAGGAUAGCAGUUCAGGCUGGAGCAGCUGGUAUAAUUGUAUCAAAUCAUGGAGCUCGCCAACUUGACUAUGUCCCUGCUACUAUCAUGGCUCUUGAAGAGGUGGUGAAAGCUGCACAAGGCCGCAUUCCUGUGUUCUUGGAUGGAGGCGUUCGUCGUGGAACUGAUGUCUUCAAAGCUCUGGCUCUUGGAGCCUCGGGCAUAUUUAUUGGGCGACCGGUGGUGUUCUCGCUGGCUGCAGAAGGAGAAGCAGGUGUGCGGAAAGUUCUUCAGAUGCUGCGCGAUGAAUUCGAGCUGACUAUGGCGUUGAGUGGCUGCCGUUCACUGAGAGAGAUCACUCGUAACCACAUUGUGACUGAAUGGGAUGCUCCCAACGCCCUUCCUGCCCCUAGGUUAUAAGCGCAUUCACAGUGGCUUCAUUGGAACAGAUCAAGUAUUAUGUUCAUCUUUCAUGAGCCUGGAACUCAUUUCUGUUUAAACUAAGUUUACUGAACAUGUGUUUUUUUUUUUUUUUCUUUUUGCUUCUGUAAUGAUAUACUGAUGAUACUACUCAUAAAAUGGGCAAUAAAUAUCUUGUUUAUAUA